UAAACUCAAAAUUAUGUGUUACCGAUAGCCAUAAAAUCUUGAAAGAAAAAACAUCCUACGCCCUUAGAGCCGCUGCUGCCUCCUUACACUUACAGCCACCGCGCCCUAAACCUUACCGGCAGCCACAUCUUACAAGGAAGGAAUUUCUCCACCAACCAACUUCUUCCUUUUCUCAUCUCCAGCAUUCCAAAAAUGGUUUCUGGAUUAAUCAACGCAAACCCUGUCAUUUACGAAAAGAAGCAGCGUCAACAACGUUCUACUCAAUCCCUUCCCGCCGAUGAAUACACAGUCGAACCAAUCGAUCAACUCGAGAUUUUCGAUCAUAUAAGAGAUAUCAAGGAUCCUGAGCAUCCUUACUCUUUGGAAGAACUCAAGGUGAUAACCGAGGAAGCAGUUGAAGUCGACGAUAAAAAUAGUUAUGUUAGGGUUACGUUUACUCCAACAGUGGAACAUUGUAGUAUGGCAACGGUUAUAGGUCUUUGCUUACGGGUCAAGCUCUUGAGAAGUUUGCCUUCGCGUUACAAGGUGGACAUCAGGGUGGCACCCGGAUCUCAUGCUACUGAAGCUGCAGUUAACAAACAACUAAAUGAUAAAGAACGUGUAGCUGCUGCACUUGAAAACCCAAACCUUGUGGAUAUGGUGGAUGAAUGCCUUGCGCCAUCUUAUGAUUGAAGGAUCUUUCUUUCAUCCCAAUUCUAUGAGUCGAGUCUGUAGGUUCUUUUGUUUCUUUGCUAAUAGUUGGUAAGCUUUAUCUGUAUGAUAUAUUUUUGUUUUUGAUUGCUGAGGACAUAUUUAUUAUGCAAUUUGUGCCUGCUACAUGUAAUUGUAGUUCAAUAGGGUUAUAGGAAUACACAGUUGAAAAAAUGUAAUAGCUGAAUGGGAUACCAAGGCUUAUUGAUUAUUAGCUCUAGUGAAGAAAAGGAAAAUUCUUUUUAGAA